GCGCAGCGCCUGCGCGCUGCGAGGGGGAGCGGCUCGCCCGCAGGCUAUACAGCAUGGCCCAAACAGAGAAGAAAGGUGGGCUGCUCCGGAAAUCUUCAGCCUCCAGGAAGCCGUUGAAAGAGAAAGUUGUGUUAAUGUAUGAUGAGAUUUUCAUGACCGAAGACCCCAGUAAAUGCAACCCCAGGUUUUGGGAAGAGCUGUUCCUCAUGAAGGUCAACUUGGAAUAUCUAGAAGGCAAGCUGGAGGCCCUGGAUGGGGAAGAGUUAAUGAAGAUAAAAGAUAACAUCAACUGCUUGUUCCAGCACUGCAUCCAGGCACUGAGUGAGGAACACCCAAUCAGAGUGGUCAAUUCACUACAGACUUUGUGUGCAUUGAUUCGGGGCGUUCAUCAAAAGAAUAAAUCCACCUCUGGGUUUGACAUAAUCAACAUGCUUGUGGGUUUUGAUAAGGCAGAGCUAUGUAUGAAGAAUCUGAUGGAGAGCUUGGACUCGCUUCUCUGUGCGGAAGGUUCUGAAAGCCUCAAAAGUUUGUGUCUGAAGCUACUUCUCUGCUUGGUAACGGUGACAGAUAACAUCAGCCAGAACACCAUCCUGGAGUAUGUGAUGAUUAACAGUAUCUUUGAAGCUAUUUUACAGAUUCUGUCCAGCCCGCUUAGUCGCAGAGAACAUGGCUAUGAUGCUGUUGUCCUUCUUGCCUUGCUGGUCAACUACAGAAAAUAUGAGUCAGUGAAUCCCUACAUUGUGAAGCUCUCCAUUGUAGAUGAUGAGCCCACGCUUAAUGGAAUGGGACUUGUUAUUGCCCAGGCUUUAUCAGAGUACAACAGGCAGUACAAAGAUAAAGAGGAGGAGCACCAGAGUGGUUUCUUCUCAGCCCUAACCAAUAUGGUGGGCAGUAUGUUCAUAGCAGAUGCUGAUGAGAAGAUAACAGUCCAAACAAAUGAGGCAAUCCUUCUGGCCCUGUAUGAAGCUGUUCACUUAAACAGAAACUUCAUCACAGUUUUGGCACAGAGCCAUCCUGAAAUGGGGCUGAUGACAACACCAACAAGCCCAGUUCCGACAACACCUGUCACUCCGCUUGGAACCACCCCACCUUCCUCAGAUGUUAUAAGCUCUGCAGAGCUGCCUUUGGAUGCUGAUGUACAAACCAGCAACCUGCUGAUAACCUUCUUGAAGUACAGCUCAAUUGUGAUGCAGGAUACAAAAGAUGAGCACCGGCUGCACAGUGGCAAGCUGUGUCUGAUUAUCCUGACAUGCAUAGCGGAGGAUCAAUACGCUAAUGCUUUCUUGCAUGAUGACAACAUGAAUUUUCGAGUAAACCUACACAGAAUGCCAAUGAGACACAGGAAGAAGGCAGCAGACAAGAACUUGCCCUGUCGCCCACUGGUGUGUGCAGUGCUAGAUUUGAUGGUGGAAUUCAUUGUAACACACAUGAUGAAAGAAUUUCCUAUGGAUCUCUAUGUGCGGUGCAUUCAGAUUGUGCACAAACUGCUGUGCUACCAGAAGAAAUGCAGGGUGAGGCUUCAUUACACCUGGAGGGAGCUCUGGUCAGCUUUGAUCAACUUGUUGAAGUUCCUCAUGUCUAAUGAGACUGUGUUACUGGCCAAACACAACAUCUUCACCCUUGCCCUGAUGGUUGUGAACCUGUUCAACAUGUUCAUCACUUAUGGAGACACCUUUCUCCCCACUCCCAGCAGCUAUGAUGAGCUGUAUUAUGAAAUCAUUCGGAUGCAUCAGAAUUUUGACAACCUUUAUUCUAUGGUUCUAAGGCUUUCUACCAAUGCUGGUCAAUGGAAAGAGCCUGCAAGCAAGGUGACCCAUGCAUUAGUCAAUAUUAGGGCCAUCAUCAAUCACUUCAACCCGAAGAUAGAGUCUUAUGCUGCAGUGAAUCACAUAUCACAGCUCUCCGAAGAUCAGGUUUUGGAAGUGGUGCGGUCCAACUAUGACACACUGACCCUAAAGCUGCAGGACGGACUGGACCAGUACGAGCGCUACUCGGAACAGCAUAAAGAGGCUGCCUUCUUCAAAGAGCUGGUUCGGUCCAUCAGCAUUAACGUGAGGAAGAACCUUGCUUUCAACACACUGAGCCAGGAACUCCUGCUGAAGGAAUUCUCCACAAUCUCUUGAAGCUGGGGCACAGCUACUGCUCAGGGCUGACCAGAGAAGGGCCUGUAUGGGCAGGGACACUACAGAUCUGCAGCCAGUUAUGCCUUGCCUUCCGCCUGCAUAAUGGGACUGCAUUUGUUCUGGGGGGGGGAAAGCCUUUCUGAUGUGUGUUUGAUCCCAAAGGCGUGUGUUUCAACAGGACUAGGGAGAGGUGAUUGCCAUGUUGAGGAGGAGGAGGGAGCAAUUUUGCAAAGUGCCAUGGGGGUGGGCAACUGUUCCUGUUGAGUAGCAAUGGGAGAAUCCCUCUGCAGCCUCAGGGAAGGUGCCCUGAAAAUCUCUGUAGCAGAGCUGAGGAAAGCUCACAAUCAAAACAAUAAAACCAGUCCAGUUGUGUGAGGCAGUUCUAGGUUGAGACUGCUCGCCUGCUUUGUGGGAAAGCUCUCUGUCCUCAGAUAAAGGCCAUUGUUUUUUACGGUCAGCCUGGGUCAAUACUUCCUGCAACACUGUAGGUCAAAUUCACUGCUAUCCUGUAAUGGGUUACAAUAUCCUUGGGAAUGGUUUUGGGAUAUGAAACAGAUUCCUUAAGAAGGCCCUGCUCACUGUUGGAUCCUUAUGUCAGAAGAUAUAAAAUGAACCAAGGCCUCAAGUUACUGGAGGAGAAAUUUUGCCUCCAAGAUUGUUGGCUCGUCUGAUUCAGUAUACAAGGAUAUGGGUCAUCAAACAAAGCACUUUGUAACUGAGACCAGCUUUGGUUGGAGUCACUGUUGUUGCCGGUAUCCCAGCUCAUCUCUGCUGUUUCUAAGGUUCUUGGUUUUUUUUGUUUUGUUUUGUUUUGUGUUUUUAAUGUUCCACUUCUAUGGGGCAGGGGAGAGGCGGACUCCUUCCUCCUACUCCCUUUAUUGCCCAUCAGAGACUGUAUUGUGACAAUCCUCCUCUUCCUCACAGGAAUGCCUGCUUUUGCACAUGUUGAGUGAACAUGUUCACUUCAUGAGCUAAGAAGUUCCUGUUUUCUCCCUAGUGUGUAGCUUGCAGCUACUACAGUUAAAAUGCAGCUGGAGAAGUAGUUACUUCAUGUUCUAGCUUGACCACCAGUCUUUGCAAAGUGACUUACAGCAACAGUCUGCUGACACCUGAUGAAGAGCUUCCUAAGGGAGAGCUCCAGGCUGAUGCUGUAAGGGCAGGGGCAUGAACUGGCCUUUCUGCUCAAGAGCCAGUGUGUGAGAGGGGUGCUCAGGUCAGACGGAGCCUGCUCUUCGAGUGCUGUGUCAGGCAGCCAGCUCAGGAAUAUGCACCUGCUCUCUGUUCAUAUGUUCUCAGCUCCCAGCAGUGACAUUAAGACCUGGCCUGGCUUGGUAGAUUGAACUGGAGAAGUUACUUACUUCCCAGAUCCACCUUUUUUUAGAAAAUAGUAAAAAGUGCCUAGUCCUGCUCUUAGCUUUGUAGGUUGGAGUAGUGUGAGUGAUGUGACUGUUGUGCUCAUUUUCUACCAUUUUUUCGCAAAGCUUAUUCAUACUAACAUGUGCUAAUUACAUUAAUGUUUCAACUUUACCUGCCAUAAGCACGGGAAAUUGAAAACUAUCCUUGGCCACCCAUGGGCCAUAAAGACAGAUGAAGAGCAUGGGUUUCCCUUGGGAGCACCAGCUUCUCCCAGCAGAGGAUGCUUUUCCUCAGCAUUGAAUUGUCUGUCUUCUGUCAGCUGAAGUCAGACACUCAUAUUUGCUUUCCUGCCAGUUGGGUGUGGAAGUGUGUGUGUGUCAGAGGGUAGGUGUUUGAGAGGACAAGCAGGCUCUAUAAAAAUCACUGUGCUUGAGAACAGACCAGGGCAUAUAGGAGUCCACUUCUCCAGUGGCCAAAGGACAUGAUUAAUGGGCUGGAGCAUCUCUAAAACAAGGAGAAGCUGAGAGCACUGUGAGUGUUUAGCCUGGAGAAGAGAAGGCUUGGGAGGAUCUUAUCAGUGUUUAUAAAUAACUGAUGGGAGAGAGAAAAGAGGAUGAAGCCAGGCUGUUCUGCAUGGUGCCCGGUGACUGGACUAGAGGCAAGGGGCGCAAGCUGAAACACAUGAAACUCCACUUGAACAUAAGAAAACACUUCUAUACUGUGAGGAUGACUGAACACUGGAACAGGUUGCAAAGAGGUGGUAGAGUCUCAAUCCUUGGAGAUACUCAAAACCUGACUAGACCUGGUCCUGGGCAGCCUGGUCUAGCUGACCCUGCUUGAGCAAGAGGGCUGGACCAGAUGAUCUCCAGAGGUCCCUUCCACUCCCAGCUGGUCUAUGAUUCUGAUCUGUAAAUGAGUGAGAAUGGUUUGCAAAACGUGGCAAAACUUGGAAUUUCCUUCCCAAAGGUGGCUUAAGGUGCUCCCUUUGGUCCAGUGCCAGCAUCGCUGCUGUCAGAGCAUCAAGUCAACUAACUGUCUACAUGCCUCCUUUUCUUUAAUUCUGUUUAGGCUGUGACUAGACAAAUAGGUAAAGAGUGGGGAGAGGUCUGCUUCUGCAGCCUCUGGGAUUUUCAGCUUUCCAGUGUGGGCUCAGCUCUCAAAGGUCUUGUUGCUCCUUUGCUGGGAUGGAAUGGCAAACCCAGGCUGUGAGGAGGAGCAGGUCCUGAGGUUGGCCCUCAUCAAGGGCUGAGCUGGGCCCUCGUGACACACAUCCUCUUGUCGCAUUGUCACCGAACCUAGCGUUGUAAGUGGAUGUAUAUACAAACCUAGAGCUCAAUAAAUAGCAGAGCCCUGCCUGU